AUGUCCUCAGCAUUUGAAAAAUGGCGCCAACGUCUGUCUGACAUGACAGGUCUCGGGGGAGACCAGACAAAACUCCAUUGUCAAGGCUGCGAGCAGUGGAAAUCCCAUUUAUUGCAGUACAGCCCCUCGGUGCUCUUCCUCAUGAAACACUUGAAGCUCUCCGGCUGCGCCGUACCCCCAGAAAACAUAAUUUGCGCGCCCUGCGAUCCCUCCGCCGCCGCCGCCUCUUCAACUCCCCGCUCGGGCGGCUUCUCCCCCACCUCUGGUGCCAUUCUCCUCUGCGCUGGCUCCUUCUUCUCUAGAUCACACAUGGAACAAACCCUCACCCACGAACUCGUCCACCUCUACGACCACUGCCUCUUCAAAGUCGAUUGGGGGAACCUACGGCACCACGCGUGCAGCGAGAUACGCGCGAACAGUUUGAGUGGGGAUUGCAAAUGGACGAGGGAGGUGCGGAGAGGGGUGGUCAGGUUCUCCAAGCAGCAUCAGGAGUGUGUGAGGCGGAGGGCGGUGUUGUCUGUCACGUCCAACGCUGCGUGCCCGAAUAAGGAGGCGGCUGAACGCGCUGUUAAUGAAGUUUGGGAUAGCUGCUUUGCGGAUACGAGGCCUUUUGAUGAAAUAUACUAA